AUGGCACUUUUCCGGAUACGAAAUAUUCCUUUUUCUAGGUGUUCUAUCAUCCGGGCCAAGCGAGAGAUCGAAUCUCCCAACUCGUAUGGCGAGAACGGCCAUAUGGCCUUCGAAGUUGGCCGAUUCGAUGUCUACGCUCUUAAACCGAGGAGCCAUCAAGUGGAAGAUCUGCAGAAGAGUGUCCAAACUGAUAUUGGGGCGGACGUAUUGUCUUCUCCUAUUGGAUCGGCACCGGCCUUCACCAGCACCUCCGCAAUUUCGAGGGAGCCGUUUCUAGUCGCGCUGGUCCGGGGGCUCCGUGCCGGAAUGCCACACGGCAGGUCCAGGAACGUUUUGGAUAUCAAAGUAACUUGGAUAAUUUCAGCUCAACGCAACGUAACGAAUCUGAUUUCACGGCUUGAGAGAGCGGCUGUCCUGCUCAAAGUUCCUGGUUUGGCCUUUCGACGAAUUAGAAAGCCCUCAAUAGACUUAAAGUCCUCUGAGCCGACUGGAAAGAGCUACGUACAAGAGAAGGAUGGCUUCGAGCUAUCCCGCGUUAGAAAUUUCAAAGAGGUAUAUGAAGAUUUUCAACAGUAUCCGCAUAAUGACGAACACACGCCAGCUAGAGAGCCAACUCUGAAUUGUUUUCUAUCCCAGGCUCGUGAGGAUUUGCGCCGAGAUGAAGAAGUCUCCACACCGAAACCUCGAGCUUCAGUAGUGCGAAUACCCGGCCUCGAAACCCUUCUGCUGAAGGCGACACAUAUUGGCCUGUUCGCUUCCGCCCUCUUCGGCUAUGCUAAACAGGAUGACUACCAAAGAGUACAGGUCACUACGUUCUACGAGUGGAACCACUUCAUCCUGAGCGACCUAAAACCUCAUAGAAUACUUGUGCUUUAUCAAGAAACGACACUCUUGAACCACCGUGCCGCAAAAUGUGAGGGGUACUUUGACUUCACACCACUCAAACUCUGCACACACUCUAAUACUUAUUAUAUUUUCGCAUUACACAUGUACUAUGGGCGAUUCCACACAUGCAUGCACCUUUUCGCCCAAAAAUUACCAUCGCUUCGUCACUUCUCCCGCUACAGCACUAUUAUCACGCUCUUACUGCUACUAAAACUUAUAGAAUGGUUCUAUCUAAGCCUACGAACUUCACUACAGUGUUUAAAAGCUAGCAUCUGCAUUGUGGCUACUAUCGCAUGGAGAUUCAUGCAAGGUCGCCACUUCACUGUAAUUUACGCGGUCAAAAAUUUUCAAUGCUUCAAGCGACGACUCUGUGUCUGGGUGAUGACCCCCCAGGAUCCGUUUGCGCAGCUGAAAGCAUGUUUCCAUCAAGGAGAUGGCCUCCUUAUUAUGCUUUUGGGACUUGACACCCUCUUGAACGUCUCCAUCACUUCCACUUCCAGCUCUUCGGCCUCCUUCCACCGGCCUUGA